GAGCUGCUGGUCUCAGGUGUGUCGGAGAAGCCCUCCCUCCUGACCCAGCAGGACCCUGUCGUGACCUCUGGACAGAGGCUGACCCUCCAGUGUCACUCUGAUGUCGGCUACAACAGAUUCGCUCUGUCCAAGGAGGGGGCACCUGACCUUCCACGGCGGCUUGGCCGGCAGACCCAGCCUGGGCUCUCCAGGGCAAACUUCUACCUGGGCCUGGUGAGACCCUCCCACGGGGGCCGGUACACGUGCUACGGUGGACAUAACCUCUCCUCCGAGUGGUCGGCCCCCAGUGACCCCCUGGACAUCCUGCUCGCAGGACAGCUGCCCUACACACCCUCCCUCUCGGUGCAGCCGGGACCCACGGUCGCCCCAGGAGAGAAUGUGACCCUGCUGUGUCAGUCACAGAGCUCUGUGGACACUUUCCUUCUGUCCAAGGAGGGGGCAGCCGAUCCCCCCUUGCGUCUUCGAUCACAGUACCAAGCUGGGCAGCACCAGGCUGAAUUCCCCAUGAGUCCUGUGACCUCAGCCCACGGGGGGACCUACAGGUGCUACGGCUCCACCAGCACCUCCCCCUACCUGUUGUCCCAGCCCAGUGACCCCCUGGAGCUCCUGGUCUCAGGACCCUCUAUGGACCCCGGCCCCCCAACCACGGGCCCCCGGACCACAGGGCCAGGCUCAGCAGAUGGUCCCCACUGGUACCUGUACGUCCUCAUCACGGCCUCAGUGGCCUUCGUCCUGCUGCUCAGCCUUCUCGUCCUCCUCCUAGUUCACCACCAGCGUCGGGUCAAAGGCAGGAAGCCGGGGGCUGCAGACCCGGAGCCCAAGGAAAGAGGCCUGCACAACAGCUCCAGCCCAGUCCCUGCCACCCAGGAGGAGAGCCUCUACGCUUCCAUGCAAGACAUUCAGCCUGAGGAGGGGGUGGAGCUGGACCAUCGGAACACACAAGAUGAAGACCCCCAGGGACCAACGUACGCCCAGGUGAGCCGGUCAAGAUCAAGACUCAGCUGGGGACUGGCCACUUCUCCUUCCCCCGUGUCGGAGGGACUGUUGGACUCAGAGGACAGACAAGCAGAGGAAGACAGGCAGACGGACUGUCAG